AUACUUAUACUUUGUUGCUUGGUUAAAUUUGUCCACAGAUAAACUAAAGAAUAUCACAAUGGCUGAUACUGGCGAUAAGGCCGUCGUCGAUGAAUUAAAUUACGAGGAAUUUAAAAAACUUGAUAUCUCCAAGGAACAAUUAAGAAUGCUUAAAUCAAUUUUUGACUCCUUUGACUUGGAAAAGAAGAAGGAAAUCCCUGUUGACAUGAUUGGACAAAUUCUAGACAUGUUAGGUCAUCGUCUUACCCCUGAUGAAUUACAGGCAAUUGUCAAAGAAAUUGACGAAGAUGGUAACGGAGUAAUGAAUUUUGAUGAAUUUGCACAUUUGUCUGCAAGGUUUUUAGUUGAAGAAGAGGAAGACACUGAAGCAAUUUUAAGGGAACUUAAGGAUGCUUUUCGGUUGUACGAUAAAGAAGGAUUGGGUUAUAUAUCUGUGGAUCUCUUGAAGGAUAUUUUAAAGGAGCUAGAACCAAAUCUAUCACCAGCAGAUCUCAAUGAAAUGAUCAAAGAAAUUGAUACCGACAAUUCCGGCACAGUUGACUGGGAAGAAAUAACUAGCAGACCCGACGUAUGGUCCGUUUUCGGAAAUCAAUAUAUGUCGUCAAUUUGAGUUGGCCAAUGACGCAACAAAAUCCAAGGGCUUCACCUUUGAACUUAAUAUCUUGCAAUGUAGACACAAAACUUUGAUUUGUCCAAAAGCAACGAUUUGCUGUAAAUCAUAAUCGAUUGCCACGUUAUAAUUGAAUACUACUCGAUGGGGAUUAAAUGUAAGCCAGUUCGCUAAUUCACGAACAUCAUAUCGUUAUGUUUGUCACCGGAUUUAAAUUUGGAUUUCUAUCUCAAAUACGACUCCUUAACGAAACAAUAAUUAUUAUUUUAUAUUUAAACUUUGAUCAAGUGAAAGGCAGAUAUCGAGCACGGUUUAUUAAUUAAAUCUUGCCCAAGUACUUUUGCUUCCUAGAGCAUCUUCAGGGGAAUUUCGUCAAUUGUGGCCUAUCGAACAAUCAUAGAAUGUCAUAAACAUACAAUUAUACAUUAUCCAAGGACAAACAGUUUAAAAUUUUUAAAAUAGCCGAAGCUACAUUAUGGUCGGCUUCCAGAGAGAAAAUAUGCAGAGAGAAUUCUCUGUCCAACAUUUAAGAUACUGCCAAAUUAACAAUGGAGGACAUUUUAACUACUGGAUUAGGUAGACCUUAAUGUAGUUAACCCGUAACCGGUGACGUGGAGUCUGAAAGACUCUUGCGAAAUUAAAAACCGGUUUAAAAUAUUGAAGCAGAGGACUCUAGAUGGCAUGCGGCUAAGUACCUUUCUAAAAAUAGUUAAUAAACCAAGCGUUUUUGUUUGAUUAGUUUACGUUUAGCCGUUUGCGAGAACAGACGUUAUUGGAGUCAGCGAGACUCAACGUCACCGUUAGUUACUUUUUAUCGAGUGUUUUAUAUUUCUUCGUAUAAACUAUAAUGGAUCAUCUACCAAGUACGUCACGAUCGGUUAGUGUUACAGAUCCGUAAUUUGAAGAGAAAGUGUUAAAUUGGUUCAAUGAUUUGGACUCUGAAUAUAGUGAUAUUGAUGAUAUUGACAGUGAUGCGGUAAUAGAAAGCAGUCAUGAGUCGGCAUCUGAGCAGUCUGAUAGUGAAUCUGAUCUAGACGACAAUAUUCCAGAAACUUUAAACUAAGACUCGUCCAGUGGUGAUGAAAAUAAUAUAUUGGCGUCAAGAUCUUCAAACUACUUUUAUGGUAAAAACAGAUUUAAGUGAUCAGCUAGUGCACCAAAAAAUAUUCGUACUCAAAAGCAUAAUAUUUCCCUCCAAAGGAAAUUUGGAACUGUUUAUUUACAAAUCAAAUGUAAAAUGUUGUAGUCGAAUGGACAAAUGUAAAAUUGGCGAGUGUUAGGGUCAAAUACAAAAAUGAAAAGAGGCCGGAAUUAAAAAAUGUCGACCAGGUCGAAAUGGAAGCAUUUUUAGGCUUACUAAUUUACACCUCAGUAUUUAAGUCCAAUGAUGAAGACAUAGAAUGUCUAUUUGCUACAGAUGGAACGGGCAGAGAAAUUUUUCGGUCCGUAAUGAGUGCCAAGAGAUUUGCAGUUUUAUUGACUUGUUUACGUUUUGAUGACCCUUUCACGAGAGAACAACGAAAAGCGGUAAAUCCACUAGCACCAAUUCAAGAACUAUUUGAAUCUUUUAUUUAAAACUGUCAAACGGAGUUUUCUGUUGGUGAAUAUGUAUGCAUUGAUGAAAUGUUAGUUGGUUUCCGGGGUAGAUCACGCUUUAGAAUGUAUAUUCCAAACAAACCACGAAAAUAUGGACUUAAAAUUAUGAUAUUAACAGAUGCAAGAAACAACUAUGUGUACAAUGCGUAUGUAUAUACAGGCCAAGAUUCCGACGGAAUGGGCCUUUCAGUAACUGAGAAAAAGCUUGCUAAACCUACUCAAUCUGUGUUACGGCUUUCUAAGCCAUUAUUUGGCAGUAAUCGUAAUGUGACAGCUGACAAUUGGUUCACGUCUAUAGAACUAGUUCAGUUGUUGAAAUCUAAUGGCCGAACAUAUGUGGGAACUAUGAAGAAGGUUAAAAGACAUAUUCCUCCUGAGUUUCUUCCUCAAAGGCAUAGAGAGAUUGGUUCAGUUAGAUACGGUUUUACAAAACACAUUACCCUUCUUUCGUAUGUUCCUAAAAAAAACAAAUCCGUCAUACUAUUAUCCUCCAUGCAUCAUAGUAUAGCCAUAGAUGAAAAAACACAAAAACCAGAAAUAAUUAGUCUGUAUAAUAUCACGAAAGGCGGCGUUGAUGCUUUGGAUGAAAAAUGUACGGUUUACAGUUCGUCCAGAAGAACGCAACGUUGGCCAAUGGCUAUAUUUUACAAAAUACUAGAUAUGAGUACAGUUAACGCUUUCGUUAUGUAUCAGUGUUAUAGAGAAUCCAAACCCUUAGACAGGAAAGAUUUUAUGAAGGUACUGGCUAAAAGCUUAAUUGAAGCACACAUGAAACAACGAAUGUAUAACAGCAGAAUCCCGACAGAAAUAAGAGAAAACAUAAAGCGAAUACUGUGCGUGGUUGAACCUCCUUCUAUUCAAGAAGAUCGGUUAGCAGUUCGAAAGUAUUGCUACAUUUGCCCAUCAAAACUUCAUAGGAAGACAUCUUAUUUAUGCGUCUGUUGUAAAAAACCAAUUUGCUUGAUUUGUUCUCAUAAAAUAUGCAAAAACUGUAACGUUC